CUCAAGCACAAGUUGCUAGGCAACCGUUUUUUAAUACAAUACCUAAAACACAUAAUUUUAUUACUGCUUUAUUUUUUCAUAACUGCAUUUAUCAAUCAUGCCGCCUAAAAAAGAUAAAGGUAAGAAAGACGAUCACUUGGCUGGGGCGUUUACGGAGGUGGAGAGAACGUUUUUGGAACAAGAACUAGCCGAUUGUAAUCGAAAGCUUGCGAGGCUUAGGGCUGCUGUUGCCGACUAUGAAGAGCAAAAUGAAGACCUGCAGAAAGCUUACAAUAAGAUGGACGAGGAGCGAGCCGACAUCAUCGCUUUUCUUAAAAAGAAUCUUCAAGCCAAAAAUGAGGAAAACAAUGAAUUGAAAGAAACACUCAAAGAUAUCGAGGAUACGAGGGCAAUAGAAACUGCUAAGUUCAAAGAAACUGUGGCAGAACUAGAUAAAAACUUUAUACAAAUGAAGGACCAGUUAACAUCGGAGAACAAAUUGAUGACAGGAAAGUUGAAUACUUUGGAAGAAUUUCGAGCUAUCAGAGAUGAUCUCAUGAGAAAAUUUGAAAAACAGGAGCAAGACUUUACAGAUCAAGAAAUGAAGUACAAGAGAGUUAUUUAUGAAACCGAAAAGAAAUUUGUCAUUGGCAAAGACAAACUAAAAAAAGAGAUGGAGGCCAGUCUUUUGCGGCUAGCUCAAGACUUUCAAGACGCAACCGAAUUAAGAAUCGCUGCUUCAACACAUCGAGUUAUCAGAGAAAAUAUAGCGAUAAACAAUGAGCUCGAUAGCAUUCUGUCUACUCAGUCUAAGCUGGCUGAACAAAAUGAAAAAUACAGGGAAAGCGAACGAACUGCGCGCAUUUCCAUGGAAUUAGCCGAGGAAGAAAGAGAUAAGGCAAUCAACAAAAGCAUCGUGCAGCAAAAGGUAAUCAAUCAAUUAACAACAGCUUUUCAAAGCCUAAAAAAAGAAAAGGCCCUUUCAGAGAAGAGAAACUAUGACACUGAGGUGCUACAAGCUAAAAUUCAGAAAUUAACAAGAGAAAACGAAAAUUUGUGUUUGCAAGUACGAAUUUUGGAACAAAACUAUCAUGCGAAAACUACCGAUCAGAAUCAACACACCGUCGAGUUUUCUAAAGUAAACAAAGAAAAUGCAAAGUUGAAGAAAAUCUUACAGGAAGCGGCCACAGCUGUGCAGGCGGCGUUGAAACUAGACCAGUGGUCCUCGAUAGAUAACACUCGAAACGUAAUGGAUCGCGAAAUGUUACUUUCCCGUUUGCUCGGAAUAAUAACCCAGUAUAAGGAAAUAGAAAAAGCUGAAUCGGAGGACACUUUGGCUUCCGUUGGAAGAAUAUAUGAAGAAGGGGAUUUAGGUUUCAUUCCCAAGCCCAGUUCUAAAAAAUCAAUGGGAUCUACUUUAAUACUGCCAUCAUCAAAAGACACGAUCGAAAGUGCGAAGGAGAGUUUGCCCUCAAUCGCUGUGUCAAGGUCCUCUUUAGGUAGCAUUAAAACUAUACCCAGUUUGAAAGUGUUACCUGCGGUGUCAGAUGAGCAUGUAGUUAUGAAAGGAAGCAGCCCGUCCUUAAUAUCGUCGUCUCGCUCAACUAAGACUGUGGAAUCUGUGCACAGCGAACUGAACGAGGAGACUGAUGAUAUCGAAAAACAAUUGAUGAAGAGUAAAUUAGAAAUUCAAAAAUCUAUUAUGAAAGACUUGGCGUACUCACAGAUGGCACUAAGUUCUAAACAGAAAUUCUCUGAAGAUCGACAAAAGUCAUUACUUUCUAAGAUAACCAUAGCUGAAGCCAGAGAAUCGGGUGAGGGAGAUAAGGGUGAAGAUGAAGGUAAAGUUGUCGAGGAAAGUAAAGAUGUCCCUGAGAACGAUCAAGAAGAUAAACAAAAGACAAAUGAAGAAAUUCUAGAGCUGACUGGCGAUGCAGAUGAAACAGAACAAAAAUAAUGUAACCAUAUUAUAUUUUGUUAUUAUUUACUAUUUAUUUUAAUAAUAAUUCUGCAUUUUAUAUUGCCUUUAACAGUUUGAAUUGUUUUUAUUACUUCUUAGAUAUUUGUUUAGUUUUGUAUUUGAUUUUAACGUAUUUU